CUCAAAAUGCCUCAUUCAACCACCACCGAAUCCACCAUUACGGUUCACCCCGUCACCCCUCCAUCAGGUUCAACAUACAACUUCGGCGCAGAGCUACGUGGUGCAGAUCUAGAGAACCUCGCCGAGUCUGAUAAAGACAUCAUCAUCCGCGCGCUCUACGAGAACCAAGUCAUUCUCUUCAAGAACCAGCAGAACCUCAGUCCGAGAGGGCAAUACGAAGUAACGCGCCUGUUCGACCCACUUGCUCAAGGAUACGGCCACGGGAAGACACUCGACGCCAAACGCUCGAUCCUGCAUCCUGACCUCAAAACAAUUCCAACACAGUCUGAAGUACAAGUCAUUGGGAACGGACCUGUUGCUUCCUUCGAGGGAUUGAAGGACAUCAAGCUGAAGCAUCCGCAUCACAAGACGUUCCAUCAAGACGUGAUCAGUGACGAUGAGGACAGGGAGAAUACGAGGUUCUAUCGCUGGCAUAUUGAUGCUGCACUGUACGAUCUGGACCCUCCAAAAGCCACGACUUUGCUUGCUGUGAAAGUACCUAAGACAGAGAACAUGAAUUUGAGGUACGACGAUGGAAGUGGUGACGAGCUCAAAGUCCCCAGAGGCAGUACGGCUUUCGUGAGCUCAUACACUAUGUAUGACAUCCUGUCCGAAGAAGACAAACAGUUCGCAAGGACGACAAAAGUACAGUACGCUCCACACCCCUACAUCUGGAUGUCGCCUGCCAAAUCGCGCUCCACUGGCCUAGGGCUUCACACAUCUGACCUCGAACUCCCCGCUUCCUCUCUCCCACUCAUCGAAACUUCCAAGAUCAAAACCCUCCCCAUGUGCUGGCGCAACCCUGUCACCGGCAAACUCGCCCUGCAGAUCCACCCCAGUGCUGUGCAGAAACUUAUCCUCGCCGACGGGACCGUCAUCGACGACCUGAAAGAGGUCCGCGAGAUUGUGUAUCGUCUGCAGAGGCCCGGGAUUGCGCCGUCGCUGGUGUGGCCCGUGGACUGGGAAGAGGGCGACUUCGUGGUGUUUAACAAUAGGGGUGUGCUGCAUACAGUCACUGGAAGCUUUUUGGAGGAUGAGGUUAGGAUAUUUAGGCAGUGUAACAUGGCGGCUUCGGACGGGGUGCUUGGGCCUGAGGAUGAUGCGUAG